AAAAUCGAAAUUUCAAACUCCCGAAAACGGCCCUGCGUUGUUGUUGUUUUCACGAGUUAAUUUUAUAACAGCUUUUUCUAUUAUCUUUCACAAAGUUUCUUAAUACCAACACGCUGAUAAGAAUGCAUCUUACGUAAAUCAACACAAUAUGUGGAAACAAUUCGAAAAUAUUAUUAUUUUUAACACCGACCAUGUCAGGUCUCCGGUAUUUAAGCGGCUUCGGUUCGGAAUUCUCGUCGGAGGACCCCCGCCGGCCCGGCGCUCUCCCCGUUGGCCAGAACAGCCCCCAGCGAUGCGCCUACGGCCUCUACGCCGAGCAGCUCUCGGGCUCCGCGUUCACCGCGCCCCGAUCGGAGAACAAAAGGACCUGGUUGUACCGCAUCCGCCCUUCGGUGGUGCACAGGCCCUUCCGCAUCUCCGACAACCGAAAUAUCAACCACAACUGGGACGAGGAGGAGCCCAAUCCCAACCAGUUGCAUUGGCAUCCGUUCGAUUUGCCCGUUGGCGGCGAAAAGACAGAUUUCGUGGACGGUAUGCACACGAUAUGCGGAGCAGGAGAUUCGAAAUGCAAAACGGGCAUCGCCGUGCACGUUUACUCCUGCAACGUUUCGAUGGGGAAUAGGGCGUUCUACAACAGCGACGGGGAUUUUCUGAUAGUGCCUCAGACCGGGGAGUUGCUGAUAAAGACGGAGUUCGGUAGACUCCGCGUGGCGCCCAACGAAAUAGCCGUCGUGCAGCAAGGCAUGCGCUUCCACGUGGAGAUUUCCGAGCCCUCCAGGGGGUACAUCUUGGAGGUGUUCGGCCGGCACUUCGAGCUGCCCGAUUUGGGCCCCAUCGGCGCCAACGGCCUGGCGAAUCCCCGCGAUUUCCUCGCGCCCGCGGCGCACUAUGAAGACGUCGACGGAAGGUUCGAAAUCGUGGCGAAGUACCAGGGCAGGGUGUUCUCCUGCGAGCAGGACCACAGCCCGUUCGACGUGGUCGCCUGGCACGGGAACUACGUACCGUACAAGUACGAUUUGAGCAAGUUCAUGGUCAUCAAUUCCGUUUCCUUCGAUCAUUGCGAUCCCUCCAUUUUCACGGUGCUGACCUGCCAGUCGGAUAGAAAGGGCACGGCCAUCGCGGAUUUCGUGAUAUUCCCGCCGCGGUGGUCGGUGCAGGAGCACACCUUCCGGCCGCCGUACUACCACAGGAACUGCAUGUCGGAGUUCAUGGGCCUGAUCCUCGGGGAGUACGAGGCGAAACGGGGCGGCCUGGCGCCGGGCGGCGCCACCCUGCACAGCAUCAUGACGCCCCACGGGCCGGACGCCGGCUGCUUCGAGGCCGCCUCCGCGGAGCCGCUGAGGCCGGCCAGGGUGGCCGAUAACACGCAGGCGUUCAUGUUCGAAAGUUGCUUGGGCUUGUCGCUGACGAAAUGGGGAGCGAAAACGUGCGAUAAAUUGAACCCGGACUAUUACAAAUGCUGGCAAAACAUUAAGAAGCAAUUCGACGAUAAGUAAACGCAAAAUUAUUUUACGACGGUUUAUUAAAAAUUAAUUGUGUAGAAUAGAAGCGCCCGGGCUGGGUUUGCACACGUAAAACGUCGCCUGUCCUUUGUACUUGUCUUGAAUAUUUUGAAUUACAUUAUCCACCGACUUCGAAUACACCUACAAGCAGACGAAUAAAUAAUCUCUAUAAAAAUAUAACGC